UAAUGUAAAAAUCUUUUGUGCUAUCAGUGGGCAUAUGUAAGUUAAAUAAGUUAUACUGUAUGACCAUAUAACAGUGGAGUGAGGAAAUCAGAAAGAAGACGUCUCAAAAACCUGGCAAGCUAAGCAGACUUGGUUUUUGUGAACCUCUCAAUCUUUCUUCAGAUUCCCAUGGAAAUCCAGACAUCUUUCUUCGUUUCCAUUUUCCUUGUACUGUUACCCUUAUGUUUCAUAAUAAUCAAAGGGUACAACAAAUAUGCUAAGAGUAAGCAGAAAUUGCCACCAGGGCCGAGGAAGCUCCCACUGAUCGGGAACUUGCACCAACUGCUCUGCCUCGGAUCAUCUGAGUUCCAACCACAUGUUGCUCUGAGUAAAUUAGCAGCUAAGUACGGACCUUUGAUGCACCUAAAGCUCGGUCAACGUUUGGUUCUUGUAGUUUCAUCUGCUGAAGUUUCCAGACAAUUUUUCAAAACACAUGAUCUCACUUUCUCUAACCGGCCAGAGCUUUUCGUUGGGAAGAUAAUGAUGUACGGUUUUUCUGAUAUGGCAUUCGCUCCAUACGGUGACUUCUGGAGACAGAUGCGCAAAAUUUGUAACUCGGAACUCCUUGGUCUGAAGAGGAUCCACUCGUUUUUUCCUAUGAUGUUUGACGAGGUGCGUGAUCUGGUUAAGUCAAUUGCAGCUGCAGAAGUAGGGAAACCCAUUGACUUGAAUGAAAGACUGAGUUUGUUGCAAUUUGCUAUCACUUGUAAAGCUGCUGUUGGUAGGACAGCAUGUACAGAUCAGGAGUCAUUUUUAAUGGUAAUGAAAGAAUUCGUAAGCUUCGCGGGAAUAUUCAGUGCAGCUGAUCUUUUUCCUUCCUGGAAAAUAGUUCAAUUAAUUAGUGGCCUAAAGCGAAAAUUAACGAAAAUGCAUCAGAAGGCUGAUCAUAUUGUUGAACAAAUUAUACGUGAACAUGAAUUGAAGAGAGGAACUGAUGGUGAUGGUGAUGGCAAGCAAAUAGAGGAAGAUAUUGUGGAUGUACUUCUGAGACUUAAGGAAAGCAAAGAUUUUCCGAUUCCUAUUACUAGGAAUGUUAUCAAUGCUACAGUCUUUGAGUUGUUUGUAGCUGGAACUUCAACCUCAGCAACAGCCAUGUUGUGGGCUUUUUCAGAAUUGGUAAAGAAUCCGAAAAUGAUGAAGAAAGCACAAGCUGAAGUGAGACAAGUCUACAAGUUGGGAACAGAAAGGAUCGAUCAAAGUCACAUUCAAAAGCUAACGUACUUGAGAAUGGUAAUCAAGGAAACUCUAAGAAUUCAUCCCCCAGGUCCUCUUUCAUUCGCUAGAGAAUCCAGGGAGGAGAGUGAGAUCGACGGAUAUACAAUACCAAAUAAAACCUUAGUGCUACUAAAUCUAUGGGCAGUUGGAAGAGAUCCAAAACACUGGGAAAAUCCGGAAACAUUUGAUCCGGAUAGGUUUGAUGGUAGUCCAAUUGAAAGCGUACCAACUCAUUUUGAGUACACGCCAUUUGGUGCAGGAAGAAGAAUAUGCCCAGGAAUAUCCUUUGGAAUGGCGAGUGUGGAAGUUUCUCUAGCAUUAUUGCUCUAUCAUUUUGACUGGAAACUUCCCAGUGGGAUGAGUCCUCAAGAAUUAGACAUGACUGAGAAAUUUAGUACGAGUCUUGAAAGAAAAACUAAGUUGUGCUUGAUUGCCUCCCCUUACGUUCCUGUAAAUAGGACGACGGAUUCGUAUUAGUUCAGUGGUUAGUUGAAUUCUAGUGACGACUCGUACUACUAGAACGAAAUACAACCCAACUAUCUCAAUCAAUCUACUCGAGCAUUAUAAAUUUUAAUUCAAAAGGAGUACCUAUGAGUUGCUAAAAGUUAGUCUCAUAAUCUAGUUCUCAAUGUUGUUUUCUCAGGAUCACCACGACAAAACAUUGCACUUAUGUUGUACAUUUAAUUUAUAACUUUGUUGGUGUUGUAAAAUGUAAGUGUGUUUACCCUUAAAUUGGAUAACAAUUAAACUUAUAAGUA